AUGGCUGAAUCACACAGAUUAUACGUUAAAGGUAAACACAUCUCUUACCAAAGAUCAAAGAACGUCACCAACCCAAAGGUUUCUUUGAUUCAAAUUGAAGGUGUUGGUUCUCCUCAAGACGCCAAAUUCUACUUGGGUAAAAGAAUCGCUUACGUUUACAGAGCUCAAAAGGAAAUCAGAGGUUCAAAAAUCAGAGUCAUCUGGGGUAAAGUUGCUAGAACCCACGGUAACAAUGGUUUAGUUAGAGCUAACUUCAGAAAGAACUUGCCACCAAAGACUUUCGGUGCUUCAGUUAGAAUUAUGUUGUACCCAUCAAACAUCUAA